AUGUCAGCGGCAUCAACAAAAACCACAGAACAAAAGCCGGCGACCGUUAAUAAUGCCCAGCCAGAAAAUGCCAUACUCGUACAAAACAAUAAUGUGGCAUCAGCAUCAGAAUCAGAAUCAGCCUUCUGGAAGAAUGACUGGAUACGUGCACAGAAUACAUUAUCAUCUAUUCGACGCUCACUAGCGUCGUUCCCAUCUCCUCCUCUCCGUAUACUGCGCGUCAGUCAACUGGAUGCUGAUUUAUUGGAUACAGAGCUGUUUGCAAUGCUUAAGGAACAAUUAUGGCAAGCAUUCUCACUGCUUGAUCCCUAUUAUAAGAGAUAUGAACUGGAACUAAUGGCAAUAAUGCAAUUUAUUCUCUAUCGGUUUUCGAUUUAUGAAACUGGAGCUAGCUUUGGAGCCCAGCUCCAAAACUUGAAAUACCGGAACGAGAAAAUGCACAGUGGAGGACUUCAAUCAACAGCAAAUGAUGCACCACUAUCAAAAAUGCGGCGAGUACUAUUCGGAUUGUUUACAAUCGGUGGACAGUAUGUGUGGGCGAAAGUCAAUAGACUAGUUACGGCUUUUUCCUGGGGUGACUUGGCUGAGAAUGAUCCACGCAAGAUCUUCUGGAAAUCACUACAAAAGUUAGAACAUCUGUAUUAUACAUCGGCCUUGAUUAACUUUCUAGUUUUUUUGUAUGACGGCCGUCAUUUAUCCCAGCUAUCGCACUCUAGUUGA